UAAACGGAAACGCGCGCGUGCGCCGUCAGCAGCUCUCGUGUUUGGCAUAUUUUUGUGUGAAUCAAAUAGUGUUCGGCCAAGUGAAUUUCUUUUGCAAAAAGCUUCAACAAGCUGCACAACUCGACAAGUGACAUAGAUACGGCAAGGUCGAUAUCAAAAAAGAAAAAAAAACUACUGUGACUACUGUGACUACAACUGCUACUACUACCACUAGAAACAUGGAAGGUCAGGCCAAGCAAGCAUACUUCGUCAAUGAAGCAUAUAAUCACGAAGAGCAGCCACAUGGAGCGGGCGGAGGUGGUGCAGAUACUGUUGCUACUGUUGCUACUGACAAUUUGCCGCGUCGUCGCAGCGGUGGCAACACCAAGGAACUGCAACUGCAUCUAUCCAAUAAAAAGGCACUUGAUCAGCAAGAUGCACACACAGCGCCAACCAUCGAUUUCGAUGACAUUCUGCCAAUGAUUGGGGAAUUCGGACGUGCACAGAAGAUACUAUUUCUACUCAUGAUACCGUUCUCGUUCUUUGUGGCCUUUGUGUACUUUUCGCAAAUCUUUCUCACGCUCAUACCCGAACAGCAUUGGUGUCAUGUCCCCGAACUGGAUGCCCUAGAUGUGGAAGCCAGACUGGCACUCUCGAUACCCAUGGUGAAGGGAGAGUACAACAAUUGCUACAUGUACGAUGUCAAUUAUACGGAAGUUCUCGCCCAGGGACGUAUUAUGGCUGAUCCCAAAUGGCCGCAAGUCAAAUGCCGUAAUGGUUGGUCAUACAACUUCACCGAGAUACCGUACUCCACGGUGGCCACGGAACAGAAUUGGGUGUGCGAUGAUGCCGCAUUGCCCACGUAUGCCCAAUCCAUAUUCUUUUUGGGUGCCAUUGUCGGUGGCUUACUCUUUGGCUGGGUGGCGGAUCGAUUUGGCCGCAUUCCAGCGCUGAUCAGCUGCAAUAUGAUGGGUCUGGUGGCGGGCGUGGCAACGGCAUUUGUUAACAACUUUUGGCAAUUUGCCAUCAUGCGUUUCUUUGUGGGAUUCGCCUUUGACAAUUGCUUCACCAUGAUGUACAUAUUGGUGCUGGAGUAUGUGGGACCCAAGUAUCGCACCUUUGUUGCCAACAUGUCCAUUGCCAUCUUCUUUACGGGCGCCGCUUGCAUCUUGCCAUGGAUUGCCUACUACUUGGCCGAUUGGAAACUGCUUACGAUUGUUACCUCGGCGCCGCUUUUGUUGGCCGUCUUGACGCCGUUUGUUGUGCCCGAGUCGGCACGUUGGCUGGUCUCCCAGGGCAAGGUGGAUAAAGCCAUUGGCAUACUGAAGAAGUUGGAGAAACGCAAUGGACGCCAAGUACCGCUGCAGACGUAUCAGCACUUUGGCGACAGCUGCAAACGGAUGCGAGAUCAGGAACAGGCACAGAAUGCAAGCUAUUCGGUGUUGGAUCUAUUCAAGUCGCCGCGCUUGCGUCGCACCACCUUGCUGCUCAUCGUCAUCUGGAUGGCCAUAUCGCUGGUCUUCGAUGGCCAUGUGCGUAACGUGGGCUCCCUGGGUCUGGACAUCUUCUUCACGUUUACCGUGGCCAGUUUUACUGAGCUACCAGCUGAUACGUUGCUUACGGUGACCCUCGAUCGCUUCGGUCGUCGUUGGCUUGCCUGCGGCUCGAUGGUUGCCAGCGGCAUCUUUAGUCUGUUGGCCACUGUGGUGCCCGUUGGCGUCUACUCAGCGGCCCUGGCUAUCAUGGGUCGCUUCUUUGUGAACAUCAGCUACAACAUUGGUCUGCAGUAUGCCGCCGAGAUAUUGCCCACUGUGGUGCGGGCUCAGGGUGUGGCCUUCAUACAUAUUAUGGGCUAUGUGGCCAGCAUUAUAGCUCCAUUUGUGGUCUAUUUGGCCAACAUAUCGCCGGCACUGCCAUUGAUUAUUUUGGGACUCUUGGGCAUUAUUGGCGGACUGUUGGCCCUGCUGUUGCCGGAGACACUGCAUCACGAUCUGCCGCAGACGUUGAACGAUGGCGAGGAGUUCGGACGAGGUCAGAGCAUCUGGGAUUUCCCCUGUCUAGCCAAGCAGUUAGACGAGGAGGACGACAAGUGCAACGCUGAUGUCGAAGAAGUGCGCUCCCAGGCUUUUGUGCGUGGCACCCAAACGGGAGCCUCCCUCAAUGCAUCCACGCGCGGUGAACUGCGCUCGAGCAUAUUGCGCAGAUCGAUUCAAUCUCGCAACUCCACCAAAUUGUAGACGACUUGUAUAUUUUAGCUGCGUUAGUAAUUAUAGUUUUUUGCAUUUCAGUUAGUUCGAUUUGUAGUGAUUAAGUGCUUUGUCCAACCUUGUGAUAUUAAUUCUAAGUAUUUUCGUUGCCAUUUUGGCCUAAUAAACAAAAAAGUCUAACG